CACCUAUGUCUCAAAGAACUGCAUAACUAAUGCCUAAGUUGAUGUCCUGAUAACGGCAAUCCCCCUCAUGGUCUCCCCUCAUCCCUCACCAUCUACAACUAUCAAAGUUUGGACAAUGAACCCCUUCCAAUCUCCUCUCAUAACUCCAGCCGAAUACUGUGACAAUGCGGCAGUAUGCAAUUCCACCAAGCGUAGGCGAAUUGUCCCCUUAGCAGCCUACCGUCCCACGCUCCACUCGUCCUUCGAAUCCUUCCACCUUCCAGGCUCAAAGUACCCCAUGUCCCCGCUCCCUUUACACCCCACUAUCACAUGCUGAUAGAUGUAUUGCCAAUUAGGUUUUUCGACCUCGACCAGAUUCAUGACACCGCCUCUCCCUACCCUUCCAUGCUUCCCUCGCCUUCCCUCUUCGCCGCUGCAAUGACUGCCCUCGGUAUUCGCAAGGAUGAUAUUCUAGUGAUCUACGAUGCAGACGAGAUAGGCACGUAUCAUGCCCCGCGACUGGCGUUUAUGUGUGAGCUCUUUGGACAUAAGGAUGUGCACGUCUUGAAUAACUUCAGGCAGUAUGUGCGGAUGCGGCUGCCCGUAGAUUCCGGGUCUGAGGGAAUAGAGGUUCCAGUGAUUGGAACGAGAGGAGAGCAAGGUGAAGAGUAUGUCGUGGGAGAGAGAGACUUUGACACCGGAAGGGUAAUAGCGUUCGAGGAGGUAAAGGACGUUGUUGUUGGGAGGGACCAGGAGAAGGUGAGGAUUGUCGAUGCGAGGAUACCAGGUCGGUUUCAAGGUGUACAGCCGGAAAUGAAUCCAAGUUUGAGGUCCGGGCACAUUCCCGGAGCGGUCAAUGUGCCAUUGGCUAGUCUACUGGAAGAUGAGACUGGGAUGAUACUAGCACCUGAGAAACUGAGGGGUGUCUUGAUGGAUGCGGGCGCGUUGGCGGAGGAAGAUGAGGGAGUGCCGUAUAUUCUGACGUGCAAUUCGGGGGUUACGGCUGCAUCACUAGAUCUAGCUUUGAGGUUGGUUGGGGCGAAGGGAUCCAGAAGGGUGUAUGAUGGUAGCUGGAUGGAGUGGACGAGGAGGGUAGGGGAUGAAUUGAUUGAGGUUUCGUAGUGACGGCUGUUUGGUGGAUAUGGUGGAGGAUGUACAUGAUAUAACUACUUGUAUAUAUGGGAUGGCUGUGUUGUACAUGAAAGAGCUGGACUCAAAUAGACCAUUUUAGACUGAAAGCGCUGAAUUCAAAUUUAUGAAAGUGGAAGGUCACA